AUUCCGGUAUUUUAUUUUUCACGCUGUUGUUGUGACUCACGUGGAAGGCGAGCGUUUAUUUCAUGCCAGAAUACAAUAGAAAACUGCCCUCAACAUGGACUUGGAGGGGACCUCAAAACUCUCCAAAAAUGUCUUACGAAUGAAGUUCAUGCAGAGAGGUCUUGACCCAGAAGCAAGGAAACAACUGGAAGAAGAUGAAAAGAAAGUCAUCACAGAAGAGCACUGGCUAUUGGAUCUUCCAGAGCUUACAGCACAUGAAAAUAUCAUGGUCAUGGAGAGAAGUUUUGCAUCCUGUGAGGACUUAAUAUAUGGAAGAAUUUCAUUCAAGGGUUUCAAUCCCGAGGUUGAGAAACUCAUGGCGGCCAGAGGCACAAGUGAGGAUAAGGAGGAUGAUGAUGAACAACUGCGUAAAAUGGACACUGAUGUAACAGAUGAGGAAAUGGCGAUGCGGUAUGCCUCUUUAGUUGAGAGUAUAAAAAAGAAGUUUGUGAAGAAACGAGAGCAUGCAACAUCUGAAGAUGACGUCCCAAGUUUAACAAAACAAGCCAGAAGAGAAUUUCGUAAGCCAAGUGAUUGAUAUACAUACCCUGAAGUAUUGAAUAUACAGUGUGUAAUUGUAGUAGUUUACUUAAGCCUGAUUCGCACUGAAUAAAUAUUACCUGGGGCCCUUUGGUAAUAUGAAAUUAAGCCAGAGGAUGUCUGAGUUCUUCACUGGAACAAACCGAGUUCAAGAUGGGAAAGAUCACCACAGCAUCUCAGAUGUGCAAGGUCUUCAUCAGAGUCCAAGGCAUGGCAACGUCGAAGCAUGAGUUUGGCACUGCUCUAAAUAAAGGCAGAGAAUUUGUUUUCCACAUUUGAGAUGCCCUGAUGUCCAUUCCUUCCUUGAACUUUGCCUACAUGCUUGUUCUGUGUUGUUGGCAGAUGUAUUUAUUGUUACUAACUAGACUACGCAGCAUUCUUAAUGUCUAAAUUCAGUAAAUUACAGACUUUGCUUAUGCGCCAUUCAGAGAAACGAAGGUUCUGUGGUAAUUUGCAAUCCCAGGGGUCCACUGGUAGUGCUUAUCCUGUGCGAAUCAGGCUUUAAUAUACUGUAUAUCCUUGAAAAAGAUCAAAUGUAAAUUGUAAAUGGGCAGCAUACAUUGAAAUGGAAUAGAAUAGAAUAGAAAUCAGUUGUUGUCAUUAGUACAAUGAAAUUUAAAUGUGCACUGUACAAAUGCAUUUAAAUAUUUUUAGUUGUCCAUUUUCAGAAUUCAUGCUGCCCAUUCGCAAAUGUUACCUUUUUUAACAAAUACUUAUCACCACCAUCAAAUUCUAAGUAUUCAUUAUGACUGGGAAAUGUGCACUUUUCGUACAUGAAAAAGGGGAUCUUGAUCGUGGGUGAUCAUGAUCCACAAUUUUGAAUGUCCAGAAAUUGACAUUUUUAGCUAUAAAAUGUACUGUACUUUUGUUAUACUAGUGAAAAUUAGCGUAUUAUUUAAUAAAUAUUCAUGAAAUACCUUAA